AUGAGAAAUAUUAAAGAUAGCACUGAUCAAGGGAGAGAAAUAGAGAGACAUUUACUUCAUGAGUCGCACGAUUUUUCGGGUCAUCGGCUGAAGUCCUAUGAAACUGGGAAAUAUUCUUCCCAAAGAAGUGCAAGAAAUCCUUUCCGAACUCAUGAAUCUCCAAGAAGCACAUCCUUGCAAUAUGUGCCUAUACAAAAUUUCCACAAACCUCCGAUCCGUAGCGUCUCUGGGCAGCAUACAAUUGGGCUUAAUUCACCCAGAAAAGAUCUAGCUCAUCCAUAUAAAGUUUCAACACCAGUCACUUCAUCAAAGCACAGGCGCCGCAUUGGGGAAAAGAAAUGGCAUACACUAGGGUCACAAAAGAAGCAACAGAUACGGCCUGCAUGGAAAUUCUGAUACAGAUUCAGAACAUACAUGGAUGUGACUUCUAAAACAUUCAAAAACUCCGUCAUGAUGUCAUGAGGUCACAAGAGAGCAAAUCCACCAUAAUAACACUGUUUGCCCCCCGAAUUUUGCAUAAGUUAUUGAUGAGAUGCUGUUUGGAAAAUGCAGUAUUCCCAGGAGCAUUUAAAAACAAUGGUUUAUGCAAACUUUGAGAGGUUGGGGGGGGGGGAGGCAAGCAAGGGGGGUUAUGGGGGAUUGGAAAAUAGAUGAUAUUGAUGCAAUUAUGUUGGAAGGACGGUUACAAAACUUGAUUGUGCUUUAAAAACAUUCUAAUCCUGGAAAACUUGGGGUUUUCAGGGUUUAUUGUGUUUUAAGGAUGGAUAUACACAUCAAAACCUGCGACAAUAGAUUCACGAUCAAAAAAGAACAAAACAACAAAAAGUGAAAAGAUUUGCCCCCCAAUUUUUAAAAAAUUUUUUAGAAAGGUUAUUUUAGAAAAAUGAUAUGUUCCGGAAAGUAUUUAAAAGCAAAGUUGUUUUUACAUUGUGGGAGGUGUGGGGGGGGGGGGGGCAAGCAGAGUGUGUUAUAGGGGAUUCGAAAAUAGAUGAUAUUGAUGCCACUAUGUUCGAAAGACAGUUACACAACUUGAUUGUGCUUUAAAAACAUUCCUAUCACUGGAAAACUUGGAGUUUCAGAGUUUUCUGUGAUCUAAGGAUCGAUAAGGACAAUGGACAGAGAUUAUCAUGAAAGUAAAUAAGCUAUGCCAAUUUCAUAAGGUUGUGGGGGGAGGCGGUUGGCUGGUUUAGUUUGGGCAAUAUAUUUUGCAAUCCUACUGCUGUUAUAAAUAAUUAAGUAUUUGACCUUUAACUCGCAGCUCCUUUCGUUCAAAGUCAUUUAAUAAGAUUUCUUUUCAUGAAUUACCCAAAUUUCCCCAUUCUCGCCUCAAAAGAAUUGUGUGCGCCCUUUUAAACGAUGAUCAGCACGUUUGUUGCUUAUGGUACUUGCGCCAGGGUAUUUGGCAUAAGCCAGAACUAACAGGUGUCUGGUAAAAAAAUUUCUACGAUCGAUACCACAUCUAUAUGAUAUAGGGUCUGACUUCAGUUCACCAGAUACCUGGCCUUGUUCCUUUUUACCGAGACCGCGAAGGGGCGAGGUAAAUAUCCAAUGCUAGCCAGCAACACUGAGGUGAAUAAUUGUUUUAGUAUAUACUAAAACAGUGAGAUAAUUGAGCACAAAAUGAUGAUUUUCAACUCAUUUACUGUUGCCAACGAUUACAAUUUUGACGCGCGAUGACCGAACGGCCGCGGUCGUCGCUUUUUCUUAGCGACAAAUAAAACUUUUGAAGGCGUUUGUUUAGAUCUUGCGGGAAAGUUUCUUCAAAAGGAGUUGUGAAUUCUGUUUGUAUUUAAAAUAAUUCUGUAAAAAAGAUUCUUAAAUUUAGUUUUAAGCUUAUUCAUGAACAAGUCAACUAAAUAAAGUAACGCAAGACAAGCUAUUAAACGUAAACAUUUGUUUUUUGAAAAAGUGGCCAAAAUAGCUAUUGAUAAGUUCAGUUUUUCUGUUUCGAAAUGGACAAUUUUGAAGGUUUGGCUUGAUCGUCACCUUCUUGAUGUAUUUCGGAAAUACCUUGUUUGAUUAGUUGUGAAAUUUCUUAGUUUGUUACGGCAGCAAACCGAGAAAGCAUUUUGCUCGCAACCUACGCGACUUUGGCGUCGCUCGCUCGGAGGAACUGGGGGAGAAUCAGUGAAUAGUGCAGGAUAUUCACUGAUUGAGUAGCCAAUCAGAGCGCGCGAAAAACACUAUCCACUGUUUUAGCAUAUACUAAACUGGGAUAUUUGAACUUGUAAGAUCAGUUUUGUAUCAACAAAGCAUUUUCAACUUCACGAGUUGAAUUUACGAAUACGUUUUGUUCUAAAGUGGUUAUCGUGCCUCUCUCUUCGCGUCUAAAUGAUUAUCGUUCUUAAAUGGUGCAUCAAGGACAAAGGCACUAUGCACGGAAUGACAAAGAAAGAUAAUCGAGCCUCUAUGCACGGUUAUUUAUCGUGCAUUGGCAAUUUGAUGCAAUAAAAAGUAUGUUCUAACGCUAAAAGGGUGUUUUUCAUUUAACAACCAUGAAAAUGCAGCGAUACAUUUUAAGCCUAGGAGAAACUUUGAUACAUGUGCCUCUCGAAAAGCAUACCGAAAAGCUAUUCUGGUUAAUACAGCUUUAUUGCAGAAGUAAGUGAGAUCGAAACUUUAGAAUUUUUGGUAAACAGUAGGGCAAAAUAGCGUCUUUGAACUACACUACAUUUCAUUAACAACAAAAUAACUUAUUUAAACCAAAGCUUAGUGCACAAAGUAUGUCCUUUUUGUAAUGUACAUUUUUUACACAGCACUGCCGUGCAGAAAAUCAAGUUUUUAUUCACGAAUUUAGAGGAACUAUAACAGUAAAUGUAGCGUUAGACAACUUUUACAUAAAGGUGGUCACCAACAUCGUAGGCAUGGCCGAUGGCUAGCGUUCCCACGUAUUUAAAAAAUAAGAGCCAAACCAAAACAAACUUGGUUCAUUCUUCUCUGCCGCCAAUAGAUACGAGUUCCAGGGUAGUGCCCCACUAUACAUACUUAUUAAUCAUAGUCCUCUUACUGAUACAAUUUAAUGAUACAUUCAAUCCAUUCAGUAUAAUUGUUUUCCUUUUUUAUUGAAGAGUGUAGAGCUACAACGACAAUCUUCAAUGUUAAAAUUAAUUUUUUUCUUGAAUCCUUUUUCUGUUCGAUGUAUAUACCGAGGGAGACUACAGCUGUUAAAGGUUUCUACCAGCUAAAAUAUAUCAAGUCUCACGGUUUUAAAUACCUGAGUGGUUUAAAAGUUUUUUCAAUUCGUUUCAGAGAAAAGCUAGUACCAAAACGCUUCUUGUUUUAACAUUGUGAUUUUAGAAUAUGCACACUUGAAAGGGUCACGGGCACGGAACACGCAAGACCGAAAGUGUCACACAACAUUUCCCAGAAAAAACGGAAGGUACUUUGGGCCCAUCUAUCAGAAUGUUUAUAUUAUUGUUGUGUUAAAUUUGAUAAAGGAAGCGCAAUUCCGGGAAAAUGUCUUUUUUUGUGCAUGCAUGAUCAGUAAGUAAUUAACAAGAACUCGUUGCAUUUAAGUUUAGGUACUAACAGUCGCAUCUUUCUUACAAUGAAGGCCUUUUUUCGCAAUACCUUUGGCUCUGGAGAUCCCCUUAAAAAGGUCCAUUUAUUUGAACACGACGCUAAGAGAAUGGCUAACUUAGUCUUGCUUCAUCCAGGCAAAGAGACAGGCGGAAAUCUCUUUGGUUUGUGGACUGAUAAUGAUGAGCCUGUAUUACACAUCGUGCUUGGUCCGGCCAUCGGUUGCACUCGCACAGAGGUGUCCUUCUAUCAGAGCAUUCCUUAUCUGGAGCGUGUUGGAGGACUUGUCACACGAGAUUAUCAGCUGUGCCACAUCGGAGAGUGGCACUCUCACCAUCGCCUACGACUGUCUGAGCCAAGUUCGGGUGAUUCGUCGACCAUUAUUCGAAAUUUCCCCAGAGGAACUUGUGGCUUUCUUCUCAUCAUUGCUAACAUUCUGCCGUCAUCUGGUGAGGUAACCCUGUCACCAUAUCUUUACAGAGAGGGGCAAAGAAACUACGAAACACGUAAAAUCAACCUCCUUCAUGGACAGAGCCCAUUUGCCAGGUUAGAUCCUAUCGUUAGCCACAUGCAACAGGGCGAAGACGACUCUUCAACUGUCCAAGAAUAUUUACAAAGAGAACGCAGCAGAAGCAAGACAUCUAUUACACCAAGUCAUGUUUCAAAGGGUAAUGAAGCUUACACGUAUAUAUUUGACGAAGAUCAUAAAAUGAUUGAGGGACUCCUCCUUGAAAGUGGUGGUACUGAAACAAGUGAGGGAGAUUUGUUUGGUUUGUGGACGACUGACGAACAGCCAGUGUUGCACAGCUUUCACAAACCCUUGGACAAGCCAAACGAGCAACAGGCUUGUGAGCCCGCCUCAAGAACUCAACCACAAGACGCCGCAGAAAGCAGUGGAGAGGAAAACUUGGCCAAUGAGGAGUACCCAGGCAUACAGAAAAUUGGGAAAUACAUCCUGCGUCGACCUGUGGCUGAAGGAGGAGACAAACCCACUGCAGAUGAAGAAGCUAAUUUUCGCCGACAAUUUCCUCUCCGAUGUGUUUUGGUUAUAGCUUACAUCGUUCAAAACGACGAAGAGGCUAAAUCAGUGGGUAUUUCUUCCUAUGUUUACAGUGGCAAUUCAUUGCCUAAUAGGCCACUUGAAAUCCAACCUCUUCAUGCUGCAAAGGUUUUUCGAGAAAGGCAGGAGAGGAGCGACAAGACGGAGGAAAAUAAAAGCAAGGAGGAAGACAAUCUUAUGGAUUUGGAUACCCCA